AAUGACAACUAUGAAUUGUUCAACGCUUUUGGACCACAAAGAUGGGCGAUGUUGUGACCGCUGUCCUGCAGGGCAGUAUGUACAAACUCCCUGCAAUAGCACACAGAAGACAAAGUGUGGUGACUGUCAACAUGGGUCUCACACAGCUACGGAAAACUUCCUGACGAAGUGUCUUCCCUGCAAGAAGUGUAACCACACUAACGGGAGGACUGUAACUUACUGUACAGCUAAAGAGGACACAAUCUGUGGGUGUGAGUCAGGUUUCUACUGUAGCAAUGAAAACUGUGACCACUGCCAGCCCCUGACUCGCUGCCCCCUGGGUGAAGGAGUUACAAUUAAAGCCAGUCGAACAAGUGACCUAAAGUGUUCUCCGUGUGAAGACGGGACCUACAGCAACUUCACAGAUUUCUCCUCACAAUGUUUUCCACAUACCAGAUGUGAAAACUUUGGAAGAGAGCUGAAAACUCCAGGAACCCGAACAACUGAUUCUGUCUGUGGGAACUUCAAUACAUAUUGUCCUUGGAUGCUCCCUGCAGGCCUGUGGGCCGGACUCGUGUUGACCAUAAUCGUUUUUGCGGCUGCUUUCAUCUUCUGGAGAGCAAAACACAAAUCCUGCAGAACAGCCAGCCUCGGGGUUCCUGUGACUCACGUGGAGACCGAUCCUGCACCGGCUGUCUCUCCUCCAGAGCUGACGUCUCACUGUCAGGAGACCUGCAUCCACAAUGACUGUAAAUUACGACUUUUUAAUUCAGACGAUCCUCAGACGGACUGCAGCACAGGAGACAGCCUGGACACAAGGUUUCCCAUAACUCCGCUGAAGGCCUCCGUUUCUUUCGUUGAGUGCAGUCACACCAACGGCUACACGAAUUACAGCACGACCAACAUCUGCAGGUCCUACUCAGAGCCACAGGAGGACGAGUGGUGCGGGAUGGGCUAA